AUGGCCAGUUUAGAGUCAUCUCCAACAGUCCAGCUUCUCCAAAGACGUCAAGCGUCAAGAGUUGGGAGAAAGGCCGACCCACUACCCCAGAAAGAGGCAGAGCGGUCAGUGACUCGAGAUCCUCUCACCGCUCUACCAUCUCCAACGAGAGACGCGACAGCGUGGCCGGGGCUUCGAAAUCUACCCAAGACAGCCAAAGAAAUAGAAGCCAGCGAAGACAUAGUCAGACAGAAUCUCACUCAGCCCAAUAUGUUAUACCAAACGAUACUCGGGAUCAGAGAUCACGACAAUCACGAGAUCUGCGCACAGAACACGAAUCAAGACACCACGAAUAUGUACGAGGUCAAGGAGACAUGUGCAUCCAUAAACACCAUCAUCACUACUGGGUGCGUCCGGACACCAUCGAUAUUUUCCCAGAAAAGGGGAUGGCAAAUCCAAGAGAGUCUGCACCACAAGCGCAGAGUCAAUCGGGUAGUCCGCAACCUGCAACACUUCGGGACAACGCCAAGCAGUUCGGAUAUCUCCCAGACAAAUCGUGGGCCGAGUACAUUGCCGAAACCGGGGUCUCUGGACGAGAUUCCAGUGGCCAAUACUGUAUUGGAGAACCCUCAGGUGCCUUCGAGGCAAGACCUGCAGACACAAAUGUGCAACAAUACAGAGUCGCAAGCAGGAAUGUCGGUAACACAGCACCGAUGCAGCAGUUUGUCAACAUCCACCUACACAGAAGACGGCAAGGUUGUCGAAAUGGAGGAGACGGAACAGGACAUUCUUCUGGAAGGCAGUGCCCAACUGGGCAGCGGAUGUCUUCUGUCGGGAAUGGAUCACACAGGACACAGCGAACAAGCGAUGAAACUUGGUGCGCAGAUAUCAGACAGUCUUCAAAGGCACCAAGACGCCGAAGACGACACCGCAGAUCUUUCCAGCAAUAAACACUGUCAGGGUCAAGAGGGAGGGUUGUGGGAUGCCAUCAAAGAGUUUUUGUGUACGAUCAUCGAGUACAGCACGUGGCUUUUGGGGUUGUACUUCGAUACUGUAAGGCCCGUGUUCGAUACUAGAUCCUCGUAUUGGAGUUGCACCAACCGAGAGGACCGCGGCUGGAUGAACUUGCCCGGUAGACAUGCGGGAAGAUACCGGCGACCGGUGCCGGCGAGGCCAGGCAGGGUUCAAUGGCGGGGCGGUAUUCAGUGUUCCAGCCCAUCCCGCAAACCGGGGGAGAGGCUUGCGCCGAUGGCGGAUGCGGAGGUUGAUAAAAAUAGACGAGUAGACGAUUAG